AUGCGGUCCAGCCUGUUAUUCCUGUGUUCCCUCCUUCUCGUAUCCGCUUUUGGAGACCCGAUAAGGAUAAAAAAAGAAGCGCCGUUGAACCCACCCCCGAGUCAAUACGCUCCGCCAGCAACCUCUUACGGAGUUCCCAUAGGAUCCACUUACAACGUACCCUCUGAUUCCUACGGUGCUCCACCACCACCACAACCCCCGUCCUCCUCCUACGGCGCCCCAUCCCCCUCUUACGGCGCUCCAUCGGCUCCUUCCUCCUCCUACGGCGCCCCAUCCCCCUCCUACGGCGCUCCAUCGGCUCCUUCCUCCUCCUACGGCGCCCCAUCCCCCUCCUACGGCGCUCCAUCGGCCCCUUCCUCCUCUCACGGCGCCUCAUCGGCUCCAUCCUCCUCCUACGGCGCCCCAUCCUCCUCCUACGGCGCUCCAUCCUCCUCUUAUGGCGCCCCAUCCUCCUCUUACGGGGCCCCAUCGGCCUCAUCCUCCUCUCAUGGCGCUCCAUCGGCCCCAUCCUCCUCCUACGGCGCCCCAUCCUCCAGCUACGGCGCUCCAUCCUCCAGCUACGGUGCUCCAUCAGCUCCAUCCUCCUCCUACGGCGCUCCAUCGGCCUCAUCCUCCUCUCACGGCGCCCCAUCGGCUCCAUCCUCCUCCUACGGCGCCCCAUCCUCGAGCUACGGCGCCCCAUCCUCGAGCUACGGCGCCCCAUCCCCCAGCUACGGCGCCCCAUCGGGCCACGGUUCCUUGGAAAGCGAUCAAGGGUACGGUAGUGGCGGAGGAUCGUUCGGCGGAGACGGAAGCGGGCACGGGGGAGGUGGAGGAUUGUCGAGCUCGUACGGGCCACCAGCCCAAUCCUACGGCCCCCCUCCGGCUCAACCGCCCCAGGGUAGGUGGGAGAAGAAACUGACGUGGAAAGCGGAAUGGAAACGGAUCUGGAAAACGGAGCAGAAGCUGGCUUGGAAGCAGGAAUGGAAGAAGGUGCAGGUGCCCGUGUGGAAGGAGGUUCAGGUGCCCGCGUGGAAGGAGGUGAAGGUGCCUGUUUGGAAGAAGGUUCAGAAGCCGGUGUGGAAGGAGGUUCAGGUGCCUGUGUGGAAGGAGGUGCAGGUCCCCGCGUGGAAGAAGGUUUGGAAACCGGUGUGGAAGGAGGUGCAGGUUCCCGCGUGGAAAGAGGUCCAGGUGCCCGAUUGGAAGAAGAUCUGGGUCCCGGAAUGGGUGAAGAUAGGCAUACCCGGUGAACAGUACGUGGGCAAGGAUCAGCACGGAUGGCAGUACACGAGCCACGACCUUUGGAAGAAGAAACUGAUCUGGAAACCUGUGUGGAAGAAGGUAUGGAGGACGGAGAAGAAGCAGGUGUGGGUGAGCGAGAAGAAGCUGGAGUGGAAGGCCGAGUGGAAACAGGUGUGGAAGACGGAGAAGAAGCAAGCGUGGGUGGCAGAUAAGAAGCUCGUGUGGAAGGAGGAGUCGGUACAGGUUUGGGUGCCGGAGAAGAAACAGAUUUGGGUGACGCAGAAGAAGCAGGUGUGGAAGGACGAGUGGAAGAGCAAGUGGGUGCCUGUUUGGAAGGACGUGCAGGUACCGGCGUGGAAGAAGGUAUGGAAGCCCGUUUGGGAGAAAGUUUGGGUACAAGUCGAAACUCACCGCGACGAGCAUCACGGCUACAAGUAACUUAUCCCCCCUCUCUUUCUUUCUCUCUCUCUCUCUCCUUCGUUCCAGUAUCUUUCUCUACGACAAUAAACGAACGAUAAAAUUUCGUUCGAAUUUUUUGCUAGCGUGACGUCGUAGCCUGGGGAGGGAGAGGGGGAUCGAAGGUCUUUGUCGAGGCUCGUCAUCGGCCUGCGUUCGUCUUUCCUCUCUCGCGUCUCGAGGGAAUAGCACCGCGAUGCGAUUGUGGUGGAACGUAGAGAAAUAGAAAUGGGUCCUCUUUCUUGCGAAAGGAAUGGAGCUUGGAAGACGAAGAAAGAAAAAACGAGGAAUGUUCUUCUAUUUCUUUUUUUUUUUAGACGAAUUUCGAAGAUUCAUUGUCCGCGAGAUUGUUUCAAUUAAAUCGAAUGAUAUUUUCUCGUUUUUCUUCUUUUUUUUUUUUUUUUUUUGAUGAGAAGAAAUAAGAAGUUUUUAUCGUACGAUUUUAUUAUUCGGUCUUUAGAGUUUAAGAACUCGUGCUGGUCGUCCAUGUCGCCGGACAAGCCAUACAUGACACAUCGAGCGUAAUCAUUCUUAUUUACUUGUAAAUAACGAUUCUCUUCGUAUAGAGAAAUAUAUAUAUAUAUAUAUAAAUAUGGAUA